AUGAAAUUUCAUCUUUCAAAAUGGUUAAUCACUACAAUAGUAUUGUGCACGUACGGAUUUCUUAAAGAAUUCCGUCCCACGGAACCUUUUCUCUACGAGUACGAGCAUAACACUUUGAACAUCUCGGAGCACACUUUGAACGCCGACGUAUACCCAAUAUGGACUUACAGCUACAUGUUCGCUCUUAUCCCUGUAUUUCUGUUGACUGAUCUUUUGCUGUACAAAAGCGUCAUCAUAUUGGAAGCGUUGGCGUACAUAGUGGUUUGGUGCCUCCUUGUGUUUGCAGGCUCGGUACUCUCCCAACAGGUAUUUGUUACUUAA